AUGGGAGCGGAGAGGUUGCCGAGAAUUGUAUGGGAGGCGAAGUGGGCAAACAAAAAGAGGGGUAGACAACCCACGGAAUGGGUCAAGGUUGUAGAGGACGUAUGGAAGGGGCUCGACAUCGACGAAGAUGAAACGCUGGAAACGGAGGGUCUACAGGGGUUCAAGGAGAAGAUAUCUGUUGCUUGUGCUGAGAGAGAAGAACAGAAUCUAAGGAAAGAAAUCAAGGAUAAGGAGGGUCUAGAAGUGUACGGAAUGUUGAAGGAAGGAAUAGGGUUCAAGGACUACCUACAUGGACCAAUGGAUGCAGGAACAAAGCUUAAGGUCAAAUUCAGGACCGGGGACAUAGGCCUUCGAGAACGUCGACGAAGACAUAGGACGGUAGACGAGGAAGACGACGAGUUCAAAUGUGAUUGCGGCUUCGAAUGCGAAGACCGUGUUCAUGUAGUCGCGGAAUGUCCGUUGUACAAGAAGGAGAGGGAAGUGUACGUGACUGAGCUGGGAAAAAUAGAUGGAACGUACAGGGAGAUGUUUGAGGCAUGGAAUAGAGAGGAAAGGACGGUAGCUGUACUGGGGCAUAGGAGGUGGGUUGAAAAGGCGGGAAGGGAUAUCGUUAGGAUAGACAGACUAGGGAAGACAUUUUUGAGCCACCUUUGGCAAAGUAGAAAGGAACGAUUGGCCAUCGGUGAUCGAUCCUGUGGGAACAAUGGAAAAGUGUUCUGUAAGCUGCUGAACGAUAGGAUAGUGGGAGUAUUGGAGAAGGAACAUAGCAUUAGUGAGGGCCAGGCAGGUUUCCGCAAGAAGAGGGGGUGCGUAGACCACGUGUUCACGGUAGGGAGAAUCAUCCAAGGUAGAAAGAGGGCGGGAAAGCCGACGUACUGCUUCUUCCUGGACGUGAAAAAGGCAUACGAUACCGUAUGGAGAAAUGGGCUGUGGGGGAAAAUGUGGAGAGUGCUGAAGAAGAUUACAGAGUGUACGAAAAGUGCGGUCCUGUUAGACGGAGAACUCUCUGAAUUCUUCGACAUUGAGCAGGGGGUCCUACAAGGUUGCACGCUGUCCAUAACAUUGUUCCAGGUGUUCAUCAACGAUCUGUUGGAAGUCGUAGAGGCAGUCCGGAAGGCAGUAAAAGUAGGGGACACGGAAACGUCUAUUUCAGGAAUGCUGUUUGCGGAUGGUUUUGUCGGUAUGUCGGACACCCCUGAGGGACUGCAACUGAGCUGGGAAAAAUACAUGGGACGUACAGGGAGAUGUUUGAGGCACGGAAUAGAGAGGAAAGGACGGUAG